UCCCGAUUAAAAUGGCGGAGACAAUGUCGUUCAUGAGAAACAAGUACUGGGUAUUGAGGCACGGCAGGAGCAUUCCAAAUGAGAAAGGCUUCAUUGUUUCUUCCAUGGAAAAUGGUAUCCGCCCAGAUUAUCAGUUGGCGCCACUAGGUGUUAAUCAGGCUCAAAUAGCUGGUGAAUUGUUCAAUAAGUUACUUGUGGAAAGUUGCAUACCACUUGCAGAUGUUCGCAUUUGCUACUCUCCGUUUUCGAGAACAACUCAGACUGCUAGAAUUGUUGCAUCUGUCUUGAACAUUCAGUUUGAUGGUCCUCAGUGUAAGGUGAUGGAAACUCUGCACGAACGCUUCUUUGGUCCUUCAUUUGAGCUUGGUUCUAGUGAUGCAUACAAUGAGAUAUAUGGCACACUUGAUGCGAUAGAUCCUCUGAUGAGGCCAGGAGGUGGAGAAAGUGUUGAUGAUGUUGCAUCUAGACUUGCAGAUGCGAUGGUAACUAUGGAAUCUCUAUUUCAAGGAUGCACGAUCUUAGUUGUUGGUCAUGGUGAUCCUCUACAAAUCUUGCAAGCUAUAUUGAAUGCUAUAAAGCUAAACACCUAUUCCAGUUAUGACUUGGCAUUGAGAAUCAAAAAUGCUAGAGCACCUUCAAUUUUGUCACAGCAUAGGAAAUUGAACCUGCGAAAUGGAGAGCUCCGGGCAGUUAUAUGA